AUGGUCGACCCGGACGACCCCCACGCAGGCUGGCACUGCCGGUCAUGUGUUCAGCGUGAGCACUACCAGGCCCUUGUUCAAAUGGAAGAUGCCCAGAAUAAGAUCCAGCAUAGUGAUCUCGGGUCUAGUUCUGAGCAUCCGGUUGCGCAGGCGCAUAACCGCGAAUACCCUUGUGAUCAUUGUGGUGAGCCUGCUACGCCAGAGAAGAAGCGGUCAUCUGUUAGUUCUGGAGAUUCAUCGGCUGGGUAUUACUGUCGGUCUUGUGCGCGGCGGUUGGGUCUUGAAGAUAAAUUGCCCACCGAGGAGCAGUUAAAGGCUGUUAAGGUGUUACGUGGGAAAUUGGCUAAGUUUGUCACUGCGCGAAAACAGAAGAGUCCUUGUCAGCACUGUGGUGAUAUCACUUUGCCCGGGAGCAGGCGUAGACUUGUUGAUGCUGGAGACUUUUCUUCUGGGUAUUACUGCCGGCCUUGUGGUAGGAAUUUGCAGAUGAGGGAUGAAUUGCCUAGUGAGACAAUGAUUAGGGCUCGCAGGCUGCGCAAAUAUCUCAAGCUUAAACGCCUGGGUUUGUUGGACCCUCAGCAGGAACUGGAGUCCAACACAGACCAGGCAGAGCCGGUCAAGCCAGAGGUCCCGGGAGAGAAGGAUCAAUGCUGA